ACCGUAGUUAAUGUAACGGCAGUGGCACGCGCUGAAGGUCCAGGACGAAGCACAAGCUGAACGGUUGUCUGCGAUGCAAGUUCAUUGGACAUCAUAGAGUUCGCUACACAUUGAAGCAAGUCAGCUUACAAGUCAUAUAUGAAGGAAGCCAAAGCUUGUCUCUAUUCAUUCUUGUACGUAGGAGGUGCCUUUUGCCGCAGCACGUUUUUGAGGCCGGCAUCAAUCAACUCCAACCCAUUUUGCGUGACGGGCGCCAGAUCACUUGAAAGUUUCAGCUGCAAAAGCUGCUCUGCCUUCGUCUACUCAUUGCUUCUUGCGAGAUGGCGAGGAUUUCCACAAUGCAACAGCCCAUCUUGGCAGCACCUAAGGUUGGCCGCCUGUCACCUCCUGAGGCCUGGAGCUCAUCCCGCAGUCUCACGUGCCCUCUGACUUUGCAUAAACUGUUGCAAGGCGCCUCCAGCAUUCCUUUGCCAGCUGGCAACACAAAGUACGCUUUUCAGGCCAGCCAGGGAAAGGCCAAUGGAAGCAGCUUCAAUGGAGGGAAGGUCAAGCAAACCCGCAAGCAUGUGGCCCAUCCCGCGCUUGCUCCCACCAGAAAAGCAGGCAGGUGUACAGUAAUUGCUGCGCCUGCUCCAACAAUCACAGCUGCACGCACCGCUUCCAGGCCUGUGGAGACAGUGAUGCUUUCUAUCAUCACAGGGACAGAGGGGGAUGCGGGCAUGUUUGGCUCCGCGAAGGUGACAUUUGUGUCCAAGCAAGGGGAGCGCUACCCGCCAAAUGGGCUGGAGAUCAGCGGCCCCUUUGCGCACAGCACCCGCAAGGACCCCAAACAGUGCAAGCUGCCUGUCGGCUUUGAGGUGGCUGGCAUCAUUGUGGAAAACCCCAAGGACAUGCGCAUCGACAUCCGCGUAUUGGCCUGGCUGGCGCACCGCCUUGACGUCAAGAUCCCGGUGGUCAACCAGAACCUGCUCAACCUGCUGACCAGCCUGCCCUUCUUCAAGCGGCUUACUGACGGCGAUUGGUACAUCUACCAGCUGGAGCUGGCCGGCGGGACAGGUGCCGGCGAGAAGCAGGUGUUCCCGCUGUUCGGCUGGGUGGAGGAGGCCUCGGUGCGCCUCGCCUUCGACGGCACGGCCUACCUGCCGCAGGACACGCCCCCGGGGCUGACGUCAUGGAGGAGGAAGGCGCUCAUCGUCAACCAGAACGCCUACAACUACCAGCCGUAUAACGAUCUGAGCAAGCCGCCCAACAACGACAACUACCUGUCUCCGGACUUCCGGCCAACGCUGGACCCCUAUCCACAGCACGUGCAGGCCCCCCGCACGGGCCCCGACGCGGGCACCAUCCCGCGCGACGAGACGUUCGGCCUGAGCAAGAGCAAGAGCUUCACCCAGGGCACCCUGCGCGGCGCCGUCAACCUGCUGUGGGCGCUGCUCAACAACGGCGGGACGGGCCCCAUUUUGGUGCGCGACGUCGCGGCCGGCGUGGCGGUGGGCUAUUUCGUGGGGACCGUCGCGGAGCAGUUCCUGACGCCAGAUGUUCUUGCGGCGGCGGGACAGCUGUUGGACGGCCUCCUGCCUGGCGCGGUGCAGAGCGUGGUGUGGUUCGUGUUUGGGAAGCUCCCGGUGAAGACCGCCGCGGGGGGCCUCGCGGGGCUGGCGACCGGGCUCGCCCUUCUGCUGAAUGACGUCAAGAAGCUGUCGUAUACGAGCGUGGAGGCGUAUGCGAAGUCGUGCUUCAAGCACGACUUCCGCCUGGGCCCGUUGCUGAUUGGGUACCAGGAGCCGUGGGUGUACACGCUGGGGGAGCAGCAGCCGGACAAGGCGUGGAACACGGACUUCAUGUUCGGCUGGCAGACCGUGGCCGGGAUCAACCCGGAGAGCAUCACGCUCGUCACUUCUGAGAAACAGAUCAUUGGCGGCGGGACCAUCACGGAGGAAGACCUGCAGAAGGUCAAGAAGGAGCUGCCGACAUUUGACAAGGAUCUUAAGAACAAGCAGAUCUUCAUCCUGGACUUCAGCGUUCUGUACGAGUUCAUGAACACGUUCAACAAUGAAGCCGGCAAGAAGGCGGGCAAGCACUUGUACGCCCCGGUGGUGCUCCUGCGCCAGGCGGACAAUGAGCACCUGGGCGUCCCCGUGCCCAUCGCCGUCAAGCUGGCCAAGGGCGAGGACGAGAUCGUCACCCCCGGCAGCGACUCCAGCCAGGGCAAGUGGGGCUGGACCCUCGCCAAGGCAAUCGCGGCGUCCGGCAACUCCGGGGUCCACCAGCUGGGUCAGCACUGGCUGCGCACCCAUGCCGUGUGCGAGACGUACGCGCUGGCGAUGCGGCGGCAGCUGUCGGAGGUGCACCCUCUGUUCAAGCUGCUCAUCCCGCACACGCGCUACACGAUGGACAUCAACAACAAGGCGCGCGUCUCGCUCAUCAACACCAACGGCGUCAUCGAAUCCAACUUCUCGCCGGGGCCGGAGGCCAUGCAGGUGUCCGCGGCCGCAUACCGCGGGUGGCGCUUCGAGAACGAGAACCCGGAGCAGGACCUGAAAGCGCGCGGGGUGCUCGACAAGAGCGCGCUGCCCAACUACCCGUACCGCGAGCACGCGCUCGAGGUGUGGGGCGCGCUGCGCGAGUACGUGCGCGAGUACGUGGACCUGUACUACACGGGGUCGCAGGACAUCGCGGACGACUACGAGCUGCAGGCCUUCUGGGCGGACGUCAAGCAGGCGCACUCCAGUCUUGACACGUGGCUGAAGAUUCCAGCGAACCUCCCGAAAGGUGCGGAGCCGGGCCUGGUGUGGCCGGACCUGAAAACAAAGGACGACCUGGUCAUGAUUCUGGGCACCAUCAUGUGGGCCGGCAGCGCCAUGCACUCCGUCGUCAACUUCGGCCAGUACGACUACGCGGCCUUCGUGCCCAACUCGCCUGCGUCCAUCCGCGGGGAGUUCGACUACGCCAAGCUGCGCGCGGGCGAGUACACGGAGCGCGACUUCAUGGCCGCCAUGCCCACCGCCUUCGAGAUGACCACCGUCAUGACCGUCGUCGAGGCCCUGGUGGUCCACGCCGGCGACGAGCAGUACCUGGGGCAGCAGUCGGAGGCGGCCCCGCCGGGCGUGUACCCGCCGGAGCUGACCGCCGACCCCUGGCUGGUGGACGACAAGGCGAGCCAGGUGUACGACAGGUUCGUGGCGCGGGUUAACAAGGCACAGGAGAAGCUGGAAGGCCUGAACAAGGCGGCGGAGAAGGCCGGGAGCCCCCCGUACUACUACCUGCUGCCGCGCAAGGACAUGGCCGACUGGGACCGCAACGUCCCCGCGCAGGGGGUGCCCAACAGCGUCACCAUCUGAGGACGCUCUGCCGUGCGGGACGGGCGGCGACUAACAGGAUGAGAAUGGACGGCAGACCCUUGGCAAGGAGCGGCCAGAGUCUGACGACUUGCUGAGUUGCUUGCUGGCGUCGACAGGGAUUUCUUUCUGACCAGAUUAGCGCGGGCGCUUAGGUUCAAAGUUGCAAGUGCUGCGCAAGAGAAUUGAUUAUAACUUAACUUAGUCAUGGUCCGAUCAAUCGACUGAGAUUCUGUGUGUGGUGUGGAGUGGUCAAUCUGGACAGCUGCCUGACUGCAUAAUUGGACAUUGAGACACCGUGAACGCUAGUAGAAACGUACUAAGUUAACGGCCGUCGACUUUUGUGUUUGAGUGGAGUGAGGGAAGGCCGACAAUAGACACAAUCCCCAGUGGUUACAUGUUAGUGUGUACAAACGGAGUGUUUGUGUUUGAUUGAUCCGUAACUGCAACUGUCAUGUAGAUCUCUGCCAGAGUCUAAUCUAACCGCAGUAACCUAGGCUAACCGCAGCUAGUAACCUAACCGCAGAAACGCACGACGUUCGCCUAGAAGUUGACCCGUUGAUGGCACAAACCUGCUGGUGUUUGGUUCCCUGUUUCCUGUUUUGCUAUCGGAGACCCUCUCAUGAGUUGGCCUCGAACAACUCAGGCUGACGCUCAACCGUAAUCGUAGAGGAAUCAGGUCGGACGUUGGACAUAACCGUUGCACCUUCGAGUCCGACUAUUUAAGUCCGCCCAGGUAUGAGUUAGCAGCGUUUUUUAUUUGCCGAGCUC